AUGAAGACUAUCGGUAUCGUUGGUGGUAUCGCUUGGCCUAGCUCACUUUUUUUCUACAAGGCCAUCAACGAGUACUUCAAGGAUCGUACCCAGAGCAAUGGCCUACAUACCCCGAACCUCAUUCUUGCCCAAACGAACUUCGCUCUCAUUGAAGAAGCUCAAUCGGAAGGCAACUGGGAUGAUGUAGGUCGACUUCUUGCAGGCGAGGCUGCAAAUUUGAAGGCUGCUGGAGCCGAUCUGUUCCUUCUUGCCUGUAAUACUCUUUAUACAGCCGAUGAGUACAUCAUUAAGCACUCCGAGCUACCCAUGUUGCACAUUGUCGAUGCAACGGCGAAUAAAGUCGUACAGCGUGGUUACAAGACCGUUGGUCUACUCGGAAGUCGAUACACGAUAACCGGAGCUUACUUUGCCGAUCGCUUGAAGAAGAAAAACAAUCUAAAGGUUUUAGUGGCUGAUGGUGUGCAUGCGAGAAAUGUUCACAAUGCGCUGUACCAAGAGCUUGCGAAGAACAUAUUUCUCCCUGAGACGAGGACAAAAUUCAAGGCUGCCAUGGAAGCUUUGGUUGCGCGUGGUGCUGAGAUAGUAGUCCUGGGCUGUACCGAGUUCGGAAUGCUAGUCAAGUAG